UACUUUUGGGGUUUCACUAUAAAAUCCUAAUACGCCCGACCUUUUUCACUUCUACGUGAUCAUUCUCGCAGACCAGUGAGGCCGUCUUUGAUUCUUCUUUCCCCUCCGAUUUAGGUGAUCCGGAUGAACCAAUAGCAGCAGCGAAUUAGGGUUUUGGUGAGAGCGGAAGAAUGGGCCAUUCUAAUAUAUGGAACUCCCAUCCCAAGAGCUACGGUCCUGGAUCCCGUACUUGCCGAGUUUACGGGAAUCCUCAUGGGUUGAUCCGAAAGUAUGGACUAAUGUGUUGCAGACAGUGCUUCCGAAGCAACGCCAAGGAAAUUGGCUUUAUUAAGUAUCGUUGAUGGAGCAAUUGUUCUGUUUGGGCCUUCGAAGCGAGUCCCUGAAUUAGGCUUAGCAUAUUUUUUUUUUAAAAGAUUGAUAACGAGUUAUUAUUUAUUAAUGAUUCAAUGAAGUUUAUUCGAGUUCUGUGACUAUUUAAUCAAGAACUUUUUUUUUUUUCA